CGAGAAGCUAGCUAAAAACGAAGCAAACAAAACCCACAAUUCAGACAUACCCAUCAUCACUCUCUCCCUUCUUCUCCUUCCUUUCUUCUUCUUUUAUCUUCUGUUACAUUUUAACCGCUUCCUCCUCAUAAACGGCCUUCUUACCCUCCCCCUCCUCUCCCCGGCCACAUAAUGGCUCUCCUGCUAGAGAAUCGCGACGGCGUCCUUCUUUCAGUGGAUUCCCACAAAGCCAUGCCCGCCCCCUUCCUGACCAAAACCUACCAACUAGUAGAUGAUCCUUCCACCGACCACAUUGUCUCUUGGGGUCAGGAUGACUCCACCUUUGUGGUAUGGCGGCCGCCUGAGUUCGCGCGCGAUCUCCUCCCUAAUUACUUCAAGCAUAAUAACUUCUCCAGCUUCGUCCGGCAACUCAACACCUACGGCUUCAGAAAGAUCGUUCCUGACAGGUGGGAGUUCGCGAACGAGUUCUUCAAGAAGGGAGAGCAGCACCUUCUGUGCGAGAUCCACCGCAGGAAGACGUCGCAGCCACCUCCGCCACCUCCUCCCAUUCCUCUCCACCGCCACCACAGCUCCCUCUUCCCAUUCCUUCCCCGUUCAGCGUCCGUACCCUCCGCCGAUCCCGACGACUUGCAGCCUCCGCUGUGGUACGUCGAACCCCCGCUUUCUGCCACCAACGCCUCGCCCCCUCCGCCCGUGGUGCUCGGCAAUGCGGCCGCUGCAGUGUCGGCGCUGUCGGAGGACAACGAACGGCUCAGGCGGAGCAACUCCCUCCUCCUCUCGGAGCUCGCACACAUGAAAAAGCUGUACAACGACAUCAUCUACUUCGUGCAGAACCAUGUGCAGCCGGUGAGUCCGAGCGGUGCCACGGCCGUCUCCGGCAUGCUUCCCCCGCCCAAGGUAGGAUUUCCGACCUUGGGUUUCCGUCGUCCGUCGAACACGUGCAGCACGUCUGGGAGUAGCUCGAUAACGAUGGGGGAGGAGCAGAACAGCAGGACGAGACUCUUCGGCGUGCCACUCCAUUCCAAGAAGAGAGCCCACCCUGAGUCGAACGAUGAUGAUGAAGAGUACGAAACCAGCUAUUCUUCCAAUAGAUCGAAGGAAGACUUAAGCUUAGGAUUGAAUUUAACGAUCCGGUCAAUGCAUGCUGAGGCUGUUUAAGGCUAACAUUAAGGUUGUGAAACUAUUAAUUUCCGACCUUUUUCUAA